GAGUUUAAGGAUCUGGUAGGACUUUUUUUUCAAGGCUGCUUUCUCAAUAUUCCUGAAACAAACGACAUAGAAUGACCUCUGCAAGCCUUGGCAUAAACGGAUUCAACAAGUUGGGACGAGCUAUUUUGUCUGCUUCAUUACUAGACCCAGCGGUUGUCGUCACGGCUAUCAAUGAUCCUUUCUUUAGUUUAGACUACAUAUGCUACCUUCUCCGACAUGAGUGCCCGCUUAUUUCAAAUGUAACUUCGGAGGAGGGGAAAUACCUUGUGAUCAAUGGCACAUACAAAAUACUGAUCACCAACGCCCAUGAAUGCUCUUCGAUGAGUUGGGGGCAACAGCACGUGGACGUCGUGGUUGAGUGCAGCCGAGUUUAUACGACACGUGAUCGUUGUUGGGCUCAUCUCGCGGUUGGUGCUCCGACCGUUGUAAUCGCGGCACAAAGUGUAGACGCUGCACUGAUUCAUAUCAUGGUGAAUGAGAAUAUGUUGGACAAAAAAUUACCAGUUAUUUGUGGUGGUGAUCUUAUUGGAGCUGUGUUGGCAUCUUUUGUGGAUAUUCUAUUGCAAUAUAUGGGUGUCGAUGAGAUCGUGUACACAGCCAUCCAUGGACCUCUCCCCCCGGACUCUGGUGCUGGUCGUUCCCUAGCUUUUACAGAGUGGUGUCAGGCGAGAUACACUACAGCUGCCCCGGACUCCAUCGCUUCCUACCGUCAUGAGGGGGCAUAUACUCUGAACAAGUUAUUUCCACAAUUAAAGGGAAAGGUUAGUGGUAAUGCGUACCAGGUGCCAACACAGAAAGGUUGUGUGGUCGAUCUAUAUGCGCACAGCACUAAAGCUCCCAUUCGAGAUAAGUCCGAGCUGAAUGCCAUCCUUUUGAAUGCGAUCAGGCGGGACAAAUACAAAGAUUACAUUGAGGUAUCCGUUCCUGAGGAAUCACUAUUAAGUGCGGAUUGUGUUGGGCGCCAUAAAAUCAUAUAUGAUCAAGAUGCCUCGGUUUGCAUGCCGGCAUCUAGUGCGUACCGGAUGCGCCUGUGGAUGGAUCUGGAGCGUUGCUAUGCAGCCGAUUUGAUUGAAAUGAUUAAGAAAAUUUCCGAAUCCAAAAAUCAGAAUAAUACAAGCUGAUGUAGUUAAUGUUAUCUAUUUAGCAAUACGUGAUCUGAUAUCUCUACCUUGUCUCUUGUCUUUUUUCGAGAGACAUUUCAAACCCUAAAACUGGCUUAUGCAUUGCAAGUGUGUAGUAUUUACAUGGAUACACUUCAAUACUUUCAUGUAAAAAAAAGCGGUUUACGUAGACAAGAAAAAAGUGAGAAGGUGUAUAUGACUCUGAAUCUUUUCUCCUUUCACU